CUUCGCCCCAGGUGCAGCUUGGAGCAGUUGGGAGCAGGUGGCAGUAACGGCUGGGAGCUGAGCCACCACUGUGCUGCUGCCGCUGCCAUGGAGGUGCCCUGGUUGUUGAUGGCCUCUGCUCUGCUCCUGCCCCCCGGUGGGGCUGCCGACCCCCUGCCCACGCUGGCCCCCCCACUGACCAUGGUGGUGUCGGGGCAGCGGCGGCGGCUGGUGGUGUGUGUGGUGAGCGAGCUGCCCGCCAGCUCCGGACACGCCGUGUGGAUCUCUGCUGGGAAUGGCAGCGCUUUGCAGUCCUUCACCUACGGGGCUUCGCAGGAGGACGGUGGCACCGUGUGUGCGGUUUCCAUCCUCCCUGACGGUCCCGUGCAGCAGGAGCUCCUGGCGUGCCACGUGGGGCCCAACAGCAGCGCUCCAACCCACAGCUCCAGCCCCAUGGCAGUUGCAGCUGGCAGCGAUGAGGCAGAGCUGUGUCCCAGCGGCCCUGUGGAGCCCCGGGCCUGUGCUGCCGUGGCGCUGCUGGUGGCUGUGCGGGUGCUGCUGCUGAAGGCCGCGCUGCUCGACGCCCUGCUCACCGCCAUGCUCAUGGCCCGGCACCGGGCAGGGCGAUAGGGGAGGAGUGUCCGGAUGGAGAGCGGGAGACCAGCCUGGAUGGAGCUGGGAGCGGAGCACAGACAGCCCAGUGUCAUCAUAGUAUCAUC